AUCUUGACACGGAUAAACACGGUAAAUGCGUCAAGGGCACACUACAGAUAAUGCAUAGUAAAAUGCAUACCCUAUACAGCUACUUUAAACCUCUGCUGAUAUAUACUAUAUUGAAACGCAAUACAAGACAUUAUUCACCUAUUUUCGUACGGAUUUAAAAUAACUUUGAUACAGAACAUUCAUUUAACUUGCGUAUUAUAAAACGGAAUUUAAAAUAAAAGGAAGACUAAAUAUAGUUAACAAUGUCGGAGAGGAAACGCGUGUGUAUUAUCGGCGCUGGACCGUGCGGCAUGGCGGCACUCUGCCACUUCUCACAGGCAGCCUCUGACGUCCGACCGGAAGUUGUCUGUUACGAGAAGCAGGCGACAUGGGGCGGCCUCUGGAACUUCACGUGGCUCACUGGGACAGACGAGUUUGGUGAGCCGUGUCACGGGGGCCAAUACAAACAUCUGUGGUCAAAUGGCCCCAAGGAAUGUCUUGAGUUCCCAGACUACACGUUUAAUGACCACUUCCAGUGUCCCAUACCCUCCUUUCCGCCUAGGGAUGCCCUUAGGGAUUACCUAGAGGGCCGAUGGACAAAUGGAGACGAAGAUCUUCGCAAAUAUAUCAAAUUCACCACUGUCGUCCGCAGCGUCGUUUAUAAUGAUGCAAGUCAAAACUUCACUGUCGUCUCAACGGACCUUCAAGCCGGCGUGUCUAGCACGGAAGUGUUCAGUCACGUAAUCGUUGCAGUCGGCAUUUUCAACGUUCCAAACAAGCCAUACUUUGAUGGUAUAGAGAAAUUCGAAGGUCGAAUCAUGCAUUCCCAUGACUUUCGCGACGCUAAAGAGUUCAAAGGUCAGCGUCUGUUAGUCGUCGGCGCGAGUUAUUCCGCGGAGGAUCUGGCUUUGCAGUGCCUCAAGUUUGGCGCCAAAAGUGUCAUUUGCACGUGGCGCACAAAGCCAAUGAGCUUCAAAUGGCCAAUAGGAAUAGAAGAGCGCCCACUUCUGCAACAACUGGAUAACAAUAUGGCGUACUUCAAGGAUGGCUCAUCAGCGGAAGUUGAUGUCAUUAUUUUGUGUACCGGAUACCGGUACGCAUUUCCAUUCCUGGAGGACAGGUUGCGGCUGCAGUCUAGGCUAACCAUGUACCCGGACAACAUGUACAAGGCGACCUUGUGGCUUGGAGGCGGUGGAGGCCGUCUGUUCUAUCUGGGUGUCGAAGACCAGUACUUCACAUUCACCAUGUUUGAAACCGAGGCUCUUUGGUGCUGCAGAUACAUUAUGGGCACCAUAUCAGGCGAACCGAAGAGCGAGGCUGAGAUGCGUGCGGACGCGGACAAAUGGGUGAGCAGAAGAAACGGGCUGAAAUCGCCCAACGAUGAUAUUGACUUCCAGGCGGACUUUAUCGCAGACAUGAGCAGCGCGGUUGGGUACAACCCUGAAGAGCAGAAAGUGGCAGACAUGUUACACAAGUGGAAACGUGACAAGGUCGUGGAUAUUGUAAGUUAUAGGGCCCAGAGCUUCAGGUCUGUGUUCUCAGGAAUUGAAGCUCCUCUCCUCAAGCACAGGUGGUGGAAAGUCUUCGACGACAGCAAAGAUGCGUUUUUGAAGAACACUGAAUAGAACGGUACCUUUUGCUUAUCGUAGUUUCUGCAAGAAAAUUAGUAUGGCGAUGCAGUUCAUCAGACGUCUGACUUGGCGACAGGAAGGGAUGUAAUAGAUGGGACACGACAACCAGCAUGAUUCCUAUAUAUAUAAAAAAUAGUCCCCACUUGACUUUGUAAAGCAUAGGUAUAAUAAGUACAAUGUGUCAUAUACAUGACAUACCUUUGAUUAUGAACAGACCUCCCUGCAAUAAAUGGUCUAUUGACUAUUGGUUGGUGUUCAACCAUGUACUCAGCCACUAAGACAUUUUCACCACCCUUGUCCAAACCAAACUGCUGUACAGCCUCUAAAAAAGCAUAUAGAACGGUGUCUGCUCUGUUAUUAUUGCUGACAUUCAGAUAUACUGGGAAC